GCAUUCGACCGCGCUCGAGGUAGCGUCGGCUCCCGGAAAUAACCCAUGGUGUACGAUUCAAGUUGUGAAAAUUUGUGCGUUUUUCAUACGACCGGAUUUUGUGUUAGUAUUAAGUUUUAUAGACAUGGUACAACGUUCGUUGACUAUUGGAUUGCAAAUUUCAUCGACGCUGAAAACUUUACAGCACUGAAUAAUGAUAUAGUGAUAAACUUGUAAAAUACAUAAAUAGUAAUAGAUUCGGGUACCAAGGACGUUAUUAUGAGCAGAUCAUCAAUUACAUUUAUGUGGCCAUUAUGAUAAGCGAGGAGCUUUGACCAAACUUUUUACUAGCAGAGGGAUACCAAAGAAAAUGUGUGCCAAAAUGUUAAUGUUUAGUUUCUCCUUAUUUUCCGUCUUAAUAUCAUGGAUUGGAGUGGUAGCUGAGGAGGAGGUUUCGUCCCCUUUGCGAGUAGCACAGUGCAGAGCAACGUGCUUACAAAAGUUCGCGGCGCCGAGGCCCGGCGGGGAGUCAUCGUGUUUGCAGGGCCCCGACUGUUUUAUGUGUUGGGAAAAUUGUGAACUUCUACAAUCAAACUAUCAAGUUUGGGGUGCUGUCUGUGAUGAGAAGGAUAUUUGUUUUCCUGGCUGCAAAGUGGCAUGCGAGUUCCACUCUGAAGCAGCUCGUGCUGCGCAGACACAGCCUGUAAUCCAUACAAAAGGAGAAGGAGUGAUGAGAGUUAGUGGAGCAUUGGCUCGCUGGCCACCGCCCGCUCCUCGCGCUGCGUCACGCCCUAUGCCUUUUGUGUACGUUGUUAUGCGUCGUGCUGCCGAAGGGCCUUGGCGCCAAAUAAUACAGACGCAAUCUUUAGCUACCAGAGUACCUUCCAAUAAUGAAGGAGCUCUUCUUCGAGUCCUCGUAGUCGAUCCUCAAGGCCUAGUCACUAUCUACAGCCCGGACGAAACUUGGGUAGCACAUGACACCAAUACCUCAAACCACGAUGAACAUAAAUGGACGCUGAAAGAAAUAUCACUAAUACAUCAAAAGGUUCUAGUGAUUGGCGAAAUCGCUUGGGAACCACGGAUAGCCCGAGGCGUGUAUCUCGUAACUUGGGAAGUAGACGGCGGAGGCCUUAAAGGAAAUCUAUUCACAGACUCAACUCGAGUCACACUAUCACUAUGGCCAGAUACCAUCUAUCAUAUUCAAGUUGAACUGGUAUCUCGAACACCGGGCGUAGAUAACGAGCGAUCUGAGACUAUGACGAUUGACACUAGCCGUGCUCAGCGUGUAUCGACUGAAAGCGUGCAGGACGUUCAAGUCAGUGAAGGAGAUCGUUUAAUGUCAGUCCUAGUUAGCUCAAUGAGAGGGGAACGUGUGCCGGAACGAGUUCCUGAUUCUGAGUUAGUCUUAGGCUGUUUAUCAGCUAUGAUUGCCUUUGGGCUGGCUGUGCUUGCUGCUGUCCUAUGGAGGCGCAGACGGCGAGGUACGUUCCCAGGAACUAAUGUGUAUGUUGGGUCGUCUUCUGUUUUGAAGAGGAAAUUAGUGGAAGACUUCACUCCAGCUGCACAUUGUUUCCAGCCUGUUAUAACUCCGUCAGCUCCGAUGAACGACGCUGCGCCACGAGAUGUGGUAGUGUGACGUCAUAGUUUUGACAUGCUGUCCAUUGAUGACCGCGCCUUCAGUUCCUAAACUUACGGACGAAAUGUUCGCAGAUGUGUUAAAAACUAUGACGAAUUAUGAACGAAUGAAGUUUCAUUUGUGAUACGAUUUGUGAAUAGGCCCGAACAAGUGAAUUAGUAAUAAUCGUCUUGUGAAAUAAUUCUCGGUUUAUGUGAUUUACGUUUCCAUUGGACUUUGUGAAACUUAGUGUAAAGCUGUUGUAAUAAAAUUACCUAAAUAAUUGUGAAUUUUUUGUAUGUAGAUUUAGGCGAUUGUAAAUUUGAAAAAAAAUGUACACUAUAAAUAUAUUUAUGAAUCACAGUAAGGUUAACACCAGAAAACAUUAGCAUUGUACAUACGUUAAGGGCGAAAAUAGUAAAAACUAAUUUUCUAUUGUAUUAAUGGAUUUGUAUGGCUUGUAAAUAAAAUAAAGGUAAAUUCGAUGUUUGGACGUCUAAUUUCAUAUCUCUCGAAGAGUCGAUAUUUGGAACCAUGUUUUAAGAACUUAUCAGUAAAUGUAAUAUUUUUACUAGUCCCUAUUAAGUUUUAGAUAAACAUGGUUAUAGAUGUACUUAAAGUAACUGAAUGUUAUCUUGAUCAUAUUUGAAUAAGAGUAAGUGUGAAUUUGUGUGUUUCAACAACCAGGUAAUGUUCCAGUUGUUUUAGCAUACUGUAUUUCAAAUGAGACAUUUUAGUUUUAAAAGGAGUUCGACAGGAGUACUUAUUCGGGCUAUGACAAAGUCAAUGUAAGUAAUCAGGUAUCUGAUCCAUCCGGCGAUUUCAAAAUAGCUAAUCAUAAACAGUUUUUCAUUGCAAAUAACAAAUUUUCACCUAUCAUUAAAGAAUUGAAAUUUGCAAUUAAGGGUGUACGACUAGUAAAAUGGGUAAAUGAUUUGGGUAAAAUUGGCACCACAACUACAAAAACUUCAAAAAACUGAUAUUCCUAAGAGGUAGCGACGUGCUCAACGUAAUUGAAAACGAGAAUCAGCUACUUGGAGUGAUAAUAACAGUCACAACGGUCAUUCAUAAAUUUGACAUUGACUUUACGUCUAUGACAUUGAAAAUAAUAAUCGUUUUGAAGAUCUACGGUCAACUCCUUGUACUCAUUACAGGUAGUUUGAUAUGUGUUUAUAUACACCAUCGAGUUGAAGAACUUCACACUUAAUUUAUUCUCAAUAUGAUCAGGACAAACUGCAACCUAUGCCUGUGAAAAUAAAGGAUUUUAUCACAGCACAAUCUGUAUUAGAACUGACAGUAUUAGAAACUGAAUAAGUAUAAAGUUUUCAUAGUAAAGUAUAACGACUUUAAUGACGUCUUCUUCAGCAAUAACUACUUGUAUGUAUUUGUAAAUAUUUAAAACAUUUAUUGUAAAAACAAACAGAGGUUAUAUUUUUCUUGACUGUCAAAAGACAAAGUAUUCAUACUGUUUAAGGCAUUUAAAUUAUUAUUCAAAUUCAUCCUGAUAAAUUAAUCCAAUCGUGGGUACAUGAUAAUUAGGGUGUCAAUAAUUUAAUGAGUAAAUAAUUUCAAUUGUCAUUCAAUGUUAAAAACGUAUUAGCUUCUUGCUUAUUUAUUUCAACAUGUAUAAUAAAAUAUCAUCCUCAGGGAAGUCGAUGAAUCUUAAAAGUAUAUCGGUAUGAAAUGUCUCACGAUUCGGUUUUCUUAAUUUUCGCUUGGCUCUGUAUUUUUAAUCAUAUUUUUUGGAACAAGAACCGUACGUGCCAGUUUUUGAAACCAUAGAUAGUAGAGCAGAAUUUCGAGUAACGCGUAAUCGCCUACUUAUCUAAUAAAAUCAUGAUGUAGUCAUAUUUGUUUAAAGUUGAUGGUAGCUUUAAACACUGUACUUAAAUAAUUUAGUUCGUCUAGUGUUAAAAAGACAUGAAAAGGCCAAAAUUACUUUUGUGCUCGGAAACAAAAUUGUUUUGGUUUUUUUGAUGACCAAAAUCUGAUUAGUGGAUAAAUUAGGAGCUUAAUUAAAUUUAUUUAUUUUUUUGUGAUUAAUUUCGUACCUUUACUUAACUGUAUAUAUAAUAAAUUACUGCUAUAAACGAUGGAGCUGAACUUU